AGCAGUUCUGGUUUGGUGUAAUAGAGUCUCUUUUCAACAAAGCAGUUUUGUUAAUGGUUUUUUCGGUUAUGGGUUGGAAAAGGGUCCACCACUUGGUUAUCAUCUUGAUUUUCUUGAAACAUGCUGUUGGUCAUGAAGGUUCGUUUUCUCAGAAUGUUCAGCUUCAAGAGAAUUGGCCUGUCCACAAACGCUCUUCCCCUAGGGUAAUCCAGUCUUCUGUGUUGGAGGCUCCAGUGACUGGAAGCAUUCCUGUUGAAGAAGUGGCCCCUAAUAUGGUUCUUGGGAAAAGCCUGAAUGCCAGCAGGUCUAGGUUUUCCCUUUCACGUCAGUAUGUAAAAGGAGGCUUUUCCAGCAGCUAUGAACCUAUGUCUCGUAAACAAAGUGCACCAAGUGUCUCUGAUAGCAUUUCUUCAGUGCUUCAACUCCAGGGUUCCUCCAGUCCAAAUACCCAGAAUGAAGUUAGCCAGUCUGCUGAUAGACAAGGUUCCUACAGCUGGUCUUCUCUCUCUCCUCUGGAUGGCUCUGGACUGCAAGGAGUUUCUGCUCAACUUGCUUCCACACCUGUACGCGGUGGUAGUUCCAGUGGCUUGUCCAUCCUGUCUCCAAGCUCCUCUAGUCAGUCUACCCCUGACUCUUUGUUAAAGCUUAGUUUCUCACCUCUUGAUGUUUCUGGCCUGCCCACCGGUAAUCAAAGCCCCUCAAACAUGUUUACAGCAAGCUCUCAGAUCAGCUCUGGCCUUCAGUUGGGAACAACCUCUAGUCUGCUUUCUAAACCGAGUAGCUCUUCCACAAGAUCCUCAGGAAGUUCCCGCCGUGUUUUUACUGCUACUUAUCAGGGCAGCUCUGGGCCACAACUGGCAGGAGGUGUCAGCCAGCCUGUUUCUACAAGUGGUUUGCUCACCCAGCCUCCAAGUGCUGAAAGCCAGAAUUCCUUUGGAUCCUCCUAUGUCAAGCUUGCUGCUUCACCCCUAGGUUUUAGUCAGGCUACCAGUGGUCAAAGCUCUUCCAGGCAGUAUACAUUAAGCUCCCAGAGCAGGGUUGGCACUCAGCUGGCAGCUUCCCAUCAAUAUGUACCAGGACAGGGAAGUAGUUAUGGUUUGUCUGUCCAGCCUCAAGGCACCACUAGCCAGUAUGCUCCAGCUUUUUCCUUGGGUGCAAAACUUCCCAUGUCCAGCCAGUACUAUCAAGCAACUCUGAGUGGUUCUCUCUCUCCAAGCAAGUCAUCUCUGGGGUGGCAGCCUUCAGUCACUAGGACCCAGGGUUUUCAAGCCUCUAGUACAGUGUCACAAGGAUCUGGUGCAUCACAGAGCAGCUCUUGGUUUCCCAGUAGGCUCUCUUCACUGUCCUCUGCAGGAGGUUACAUCAGCUCUACUGAUAGCUCUUCUGUGCAAUCUCAAGGUACCUCUAGCCAGAAUGCCCCGGUUCCUUUGGGUGCAAAUGUGCCUGUGUACAGUCAAGCUGCUCCAAGUCGAUCCUCGUUGGUUCUGAGCCAUCUAUCUCAAUUGCAUCCUUCUGCCUCUAGAUCCCAAGGUUUCCAGACCUCUGGUACAGUUUCAUUACAGAGUGGCUCUCCAUCUCAAGGCUCCAAGGCUCCCAGUAAGUUCUCUACCCUUACCUCCGCAGCAGGUCCUGGCCAAUUUGUCUCCUCACAAGAAGGGAGUGGCAGAUAUAGUGGCUUGUUCAGCCAGUCUCAAAGGACCUCAAGUCAGUAUAGUCCUGGGUUAUCUGGAUCUACCAAGCUUGCUGCCUCACCCCUAGGUGUUAGUCAGUCUACCAGUGGACCGAGCUCUUACAGCCAGUAUACAUCAAGCUCCCAGAGCAGAGCUGGCACUCAGCUGGCAGACUCUAGUCACUAUGCACCUGUACAGACAGGAAGCACCUCUACUGAUGGCUCAUAUCUGCGGCUGCAAGGUACCUCUAGCCAGUAUACCCCUUUGAAUGCAAAAGUGUACAGUCAGGUUGCUCCAAGUGGACCCUUGUCUCCGAACCAACCAUCUCAAUGGCAGACUUCCUCUAAACGGUUGCAAAGUUUCCAGACCUCUGGUACGGUUUCAUUACAGAGUGGCUCUCCAUCUCAAGGCUCCAAGGCUCCCAGUAAGUUCUCUACCCGUACUUCUGCAGCAGGUCCUGGCCAAUUUGUCUCCACGCAAGAAGGAAGUGGCAGAUAUAGUGGCUUGUCCAGCCUGUCUCAAAGUACCUCAACUCUGUAUAGCCCUCGGUCCCCUGUAUAUGCCAAACGUGGUUCCUCUGUGCUGGACGUUUCUAGCCAAUCUUCCAGUGGUCUGAGCUCCUACAGAAAGUACACAUCAAGUUCCCAGAGCAGGGUUGGCACUCAGCUGGCAGGCUCUAGUCCUUAUGUGCCUGUACAGUCAGUAAGCACCUUAACUGAUGGCUCGUCUCUCCGUCUGCAGGGUACCUCUACCCAGUAUGUGCCCGCUCCUUUGGAUGCAAAAGUGCCUGUGUACAGUCAAACUGCCCCAAGUGGAUCCUUGUCUCAGAGCGAGCCAUCUCAACUGCAUCCUUCUGCCUCUAGAGCACAAAGUUUCCAGACCUCUGGUACGGUUUCAUUACAGAGUGGCUCUCCAUCUCAAGGCUCCAAGGCUCCCAGUAAGUUCUCUACCCUUACCUCCGCAGCAGGUCCUGGCCAAUUUGUCUCCUCACAAGAAGGGAGUGGCAGAUAUAGUGGCUUGUUCAGCCAGUCUCAAAGGACCUCAAGUCAGUAUAGUCCUGGGUUAUCUGGAUCUACCAAGCUUGCUGCCUCACCCCUAGGUGUUAGUCAGUCUACCAGUGGACCGAGCUCUUACAGCCAGUAUACAUCAAGCUCCCAGAGCAGAGCUGGCACUCAGCUGGCAGGCUCUAGUCACCAUGCACCCAUGCAGACAGGAAACGCGUUUAGUGGUGGCUCAUCUCUCCAGAUGCAAGGUACCUCUAGCCAGUAUGCACCUUCUCCUUUGGAUGUUAAAGUUCCUGUGUACAGUAAGGCUCCAAGUGGACCCUCACUGUCUCGGAGCCAACCAUCUCAAUGGCAGCCUUCCUCUAAGUGGUCCCAAGGUUUUCAAACCUCUGGAACGGUGACAUCACAAAGUAGUUCUCCCUCUCAAGGUUCCAAGGCUCCCAGUAAGUUCUCUACCCGUACUUCUGCAGCAGGUCCUGGCCAAUUUGUCUCCACGCAAGAAGGAAGUGGCAGAUAUAGUGGCUUGUCCAGCCUGUCUCAAAGUACCUCAACUCUGUAUAGCCCUCGGUCCCCUGUAUAUGCCAAACGUGGUUCCUCUGUGCUGGACGUUUCUAGCCAAUCUUCCAGUGGUCUGAGCUCCUACAGAAAGUACACAUCAAGUUCCCAGAGCAGGGUUGGCACUCAGCUGGCAGGCUCUAGUCCUUAUGUGCCUGUACAGUCAGUAAGCACCUUAACUGAUGGCUCGUCUCUCCGUCUGCAGGGUACCUCUACCCAGAGUGGCUCUCCAUCUCAAGGCUCCAAGGCUCCCAGUAAGUUCUCUACCCGUACUUCUGCAGCAGGUCCUGGCCAAUUUGUCUCCACGCAAGAAGGAAGUGGCAGAUAUAGUGGCUUGUCCAGCCUGUCUCAAAGUACCUCAACUCUGUAUAGCUCUGGGUCCCCUGCAUAUGCCAAGCGUGGUUCAUCCCUAGAUUUUUCUAGCCAAUCUACAAGUGAUCCAAGCUCUUCUGGCCUGUAUGCAUCAAGCUCCCGGAGUAUGGCUGGAACUCAGCUGGCAGGUUCUAGUAGUUAUGUGCCUGCUCGGACAGGAACCACCUUCACUGGAACGUCUUUCCAGUUUCAAGGUACCUCUAACCAGUAUGCCCCUUCUGUGUCCAGUCAAUACACUGUGUCCAAUCUGGCUUCUCCAAGCCUCUGGCACAGCUGUACCCCAGAGCAGCUCUUUCCCUCAAAGCUCUCAGACAGUGAUCCAAGCUCUUCUGGCCUGUAUGCAUCAAGCUCCCGGAGUAUGGCUGGAACUCAGCUGGCAGGUUCUAGUAGUUAUGUGCCUGCUCGGACAGGAACCACCUUCACUGGAACGUCUUUCCAGUUUCAAGGUACCUCUAACCAGUAUGCCCCUUCUGUGUCCAGUCAAUACACUGUGUCCAAUCUGGCUUCUCCAAGUGAAUCAUCGAUUGGCUCGGAGGCAUUUCGAAAACGGCAGCCUUCAGCCUCAACUUGGAGCCAAUGGUUUCAGGCCUCUGGCACAGCUGUACCCCAGAGCAGCUCUUUCCCUCAAAGCUCUCAGACUUCCAGUGGGUCUUCCUUCCUGCCAGCCCUGAGCCCUUCUGUGGAUUCUGUGGCCAAGAGUUCUAUUUCUAAUUCUCGGAGGACAUUAAGCUUCUUUGGUACAGGACUCGGACCCUCUAAGCUCUCAGCUCAGGCUGCUUCUGGCUCCACAAUCAGCCAAAUAUCUCCUGGUCUGUCUGCUUCAGUUAAUCAACCCUCAAGCUCCAUGACUUCAUCUCUAGGCUCAAGUGUCCAAGGAGCUUUACAAGGUAUAUUCUCUGGUCAGUCCAGUGACUCAACAUCACUCAUCUCAAGUAGCUAUGGUUCCACCUAUGACCAAAAAGCUACUGGCUUUUUCAGACCUUCCCAGAGCUCCUCUGCUACAGGACGAUACUCUUCAUCUGUCAAGGGCUAAGGGACUGCCAUGUGCUCUGGUUCCGUAGACAAAUGUCAGUGCUAUAUGGUAUAAGUAUGUGCUUUUUUUUUUUUUUUAUAGUGUAAUUUUGCAGCAAUAAAUUGCAUUUAAUGAA